AUUGCUCUAUUGAAGCGCAUUCAACGUUCUCCAUUGAAGCGCAGUUGCCGUUCUCCGUUGAAUCUAGUUCUUGUAUCCUCCAUUGAAGCAGCUUCUGAGUGUUGCCACAGGGAAUGUGUUUUGGAGGACCGAAUUAGUGCUUUGCCAGAUGAUAUUCUAAUAUCAAUUAUAUCUCACCUAAAGCUGAGGGAAGCGGCAAGAACAAGUGUCUUAUCUCACAGAUGGAGAUUUAUGUGGACACUCACCAACGGCGCAUUGGACUUUGUUGAAUUUGUACCAAUAUGUGAUGCAGUGCGUACUCGUGGAUGGGAGAACUUACUUGAAACUGCAAGGAGCAGGUUUGUAGAAUGGGUGAAUUUGGUCUUGUGCCUACAUAAGGCUCCGACAAUAGAUGAAUUUAAAGUUUGCUUAAAUUUUGAAAUUGGAAGUUCAGAUGUUGUAGAUAGCUGGAUCAAGUUUGCAUUAGAAAAGCAUGCUAAAAGGCUUAUAUUGGAUCUAGGCUAUGGAUGUUUCAACACUCAUCCGAAGUAUGCUUUAAGAGCACAGUUAUUUAGCAAUUGUAAUCUUAGUUGCUUGACUACUCUUCAUUUGAAAAGCAUUGUGGUGACUGGAGAAGUUCUUGGGUAUAUGUUAUCCUGUUUCCCGUUGCUUCAAGUUUUGCACCUCCAUGGGUUAUUAUCAUUAGUAGAGCUGAAAAUUGCUGGCCCAUCACCUAGUCUUAGGUGUCUGGUGAUAAAGGAUUGUUGGUUUAUGCGGUACCUUGAAGUUCAUGCUGUCAAUCUUAAGUCCUUCGGUUAUUGUGGUCCUAAUAUACUUAAAUAUUUUAAGGAAGUUCCUUGUCUAGUCGAAGCAGAUGUUGAUGAAGUUUUCUUGGUCAAGAAUAUUUGCCAAUUUUCAAGUUGUUUUUCUCUGUUAGAGUCACUAUCUCUACACCUACCUCCACAACGAUUGAAAUGGAUGCAUGAAUAUUUCCCCAAGCUUCCCAAGUUUAAUAAACUUAGAUGGUUGAAAUUUAGCACAGCAUUAGAUAAUGUUGAUGGUUGCCUUAGCCAGUGCACAAAGCUAUUGAAGGCAUCUCCAUCACUGCAGAGAUUUGUGCUAAAGUUAAAGGUGUUCGGGAAAAUAAAUAGUGACAUUAAGAUUCGAAGAAGAAAGACCAUUUACCAACACAAGCAACUGAAGGUGAUAGAAUUUAUCGGCUUUCGUGGGUGUGCGAAAUAUGCUAAACUGGUUCAACGUCUACUUGCUAAGCUUCCAUCAUUGGAAAAGGUAGUUGUUGAUCCUCAACCUGUAUUACCAGUUCAUAAAGGUUAUGGAGAGUGGGAUUUGGAGAAGACUAUUGCUACUGCUCAACUGCUGCACAAAUAAUUUUCUCCAGCCGCAAAAUUAGUCAUAUCUAGGAGUAGACCUGUCGAUUUGAGUCAACAGGUUGGGUUCGGGUUAGAUUUCGGGCCGGAUUCGUGUUUCUCUGAGUGAUUUCGGGUUAUUGGGUUGGGUGACAGCUCUGACUUGGAGUGAUUGAAUCAAGCAAAUAUCCUAUGAAACUGAUGUGCUAUUCAGAGACAUCAUAAUUGAGGUUGCUGUAAGAACUACAGAGAAGAAUUUUUGUUAAGAUAGGUGCUGCACAUGAAGAGUGACUUUUCCCAGCCCUUCUUAGAGGGUAGGGGUUUAGUUACACGGAUGCCUGAGCACUGUUACUAUUUUUUUGCAGGGAAAGCACAUCUAUUUUGUUUUAUUGUGGCAUUGAUGGUCUAUAUUAUUAACGCUUAUUUUGUAGUAAAUUUCUUUUAAUUGGCCAAAAAAAGAGAAAUUCCAAGCUGAUGCAAAGAUAAUUGUGGAACGUUUAUCGUUUUUUUUUUUUUUUUUUU